AUGAGUGAGAAUCCCGCCAAGGGGGGCCUCUAUCCGGAGCGCCACAUCCACGCCCAGGUGAACGCGGCGGCCGCUUCUAUGCAGUUGCCCGUGCAAAUUGAUGAGGUUCACGGUAGAGACGGCGGCGGGGGCUACGUUAUUGGCGACCAGCAGAUGCUAGUCCGUCAGGACACCCAGGCGCAGAGCUACGGCGCAGUGCAAGACCAUGGGGUUCACCAGAAGUAUGGUGGGGACGGCAUGGAUGAUCAGAAUGGGGUGGAGCGGGAUGGCAUGGAAGGCGAUAUGCCGGCUGAUGCUGGCAACAUGGGGAUGAUUCCGGAUCCAGGCAUGGGUAAUCAGCUUACUCUCUCAUUCCAAGGCGAGGUCUAUGUGUUCGAUUCCGUGUCCCCAGAAAAGGUAACUGUGGUUUCUUUUUGUCCUACAAUCCUGCUCCGUAUGCGAUGCUUGUUUAGCUCUGCGAUCUUUACCGCUGGAUCUGCGACUGAGUGUUUAUAGUUCUUAGUUCCUUCCAUGAUGGGCCGAAAGUUUCUUAACUUCUGCUUGCCUUUCCCCAUUGAAAUAAGCAACGUAAGGAAACAUGCCACGAUAGGAAGCAAGAUGAAGGAGAGUCCCAAGAUCUAUAAUGUAUCAGUUUGGGUGGAGAAAGGGAUAAAUUUAUCCAAAUUUAUCCCAAUAUGUGAUGUAUAAAGUUUAUAUCUAUGUCAUAAGCUGAUCAUUAGGGCUAUAAUUUUGGUAAUAUCUUUUGUUCAGAUGAGGCCCCUGAAGGGAUAUCUGAAAGUCAAACUACACAUUCUUAAUAAGGAAAAGCAUCCCAAAAACCCAGAUUAAGUGAGUUCACGAACUUGGUAUUUGACAUGGGUUGCUUGGAAAUCUAUCUUCUUUCUAAAUCGCUUCUUUAUGAAUUUCAAUGGAAAAUGUUUUUCGGGGGUUUAUUUAAUUAAUUAUAGCAUAAAUUGCAAGUUCUGAGAAAGGAUUCUCCUCUCCUGGAAAUUGGGGACAAGGGCUGAUGUUUUGCCAUCGUUAGAUGUUUUGAUGUGGUCCUUCCUUUCUCUUUGGUUUCAUUUUUUUUUUGCGUUUUAAUUCAAUGACGCGGUUGCAUAACUAUGCGUUGACAUAUUUUUCAGGUACAAGCUGUGCUUCUGUUGUUGGGUGGACGCGAACUAAAUACGGGUGUAGCCUCUAUUCAGUCAUCUUCCCAUCAAAGUAAUAAGGUAGGUUCAUGCACCAUGCUUAUAUUCAACCAUUUUUAGGAAGUUUUCCCUUAUAUAUAUAUAUAUAUAUAUAUUUAAUGAAUAAACUCCAAGAUGUUUAACUGGUGGGUAUCGUGGACGCAGCGUUCAAAUUUCCCCCAGAGAGUUGCUUCCUUGAUGAGGUUCCGUGAGAAGCGGAAAGAGAGAAAUUUUGACAAGAAGAUACGCUAUACUGUUCGUAAGGAGGUAGCUCUAAGGUAACAGAUGCAUCAUCACUUGUUAUGAUGUUUCUCUUCUAGAAAAAAUCAUGCCCACAUUUUUCCACUUUUUGUCUAGAACUAUGCUCGGGUUUUCUUCCUCCCUACGAGUCGGGAGAUAUUACCCCUUGUCAAGAAGAUUUUAAUGCGUGUAGAAUUUUUUAUUUCUGGAUAACCCCUGCAGCGUAUUCUUUAUUUCUUUGAACUCUGACUGAAGCACUGCUUGGGGGAGGCUGCAAUGGCUUCAUUCAUCUUUUCUUUUCUUUUUUCUUUUUUUAAAGAAGGAAAAUGUGUUUAGCAUGUAAUGUUCGUCUGUUGAUUUUGCCCCGAAAUCCUAGUUGAUCUGGGCCAGAAGCUAGUGUAUGAAAUCCCACAUCGUUUUUUUUUAAUUUUUUUCAUCUGGGGAUUUUUUUUCUCGAAAUCCUUGUUUUGGGAAGGAAUUACCGCACCCAUUUUCCAGAAAAAGAGUAGAAAUAAAUCUCUCUUGCUUGACUUUUAUGUAUAUAUAUAUAUAUAUAUAUAUAUAUAUUUGUAAUGGAUUGAUGCAGGAUGCAGCGGAAUAAGGGGCAGUUCACUUCGUCCAAGUCAAAACCAGAAGAUGCGGCGCUGGGUGUCACCAGUUGGGACUCUACUCAAUGCUGGGGCGCAGAGGAUAGCCGUCCCCAGGCAGCCUCCUCGUAAGCACCGUCCCUAAUGUGAAGGGAAUCUCUGUUCAUUUGAUGUACUAGUUGCCAAGUCAACCCAUCCAAGAGCAUGCUUAAAAUUUUAUUUUAUUUAUUUUUUUGAAAAAAGAAAGAAAACCAAAAGCCUCCUGAAGUGUUUCUUUGGAAUCCCUCAGAUGCCAUCACUGUGGAAUCAGCUCCAAAUCGACGCCGAUGAUGCGCCGGGGCCCCAAUGGCCCAAGAACCCUAUGUAAUGCAUGCGGCCUCAUGUGGGCGAACAAGGUAUGGAGCUCAUUUAUUUUAUUAUUUAUUUUAUUUUAUUGGGAGGAGGAAAGGGGGGGGGGAAAUUAGUAUGGUUUUACUUUAGCUUGUAUGGUUUCAGAUUAGAGAGGAUAAAUAAGAUCCCGUGAUUAUUUAUGUAAGAUAUCUGGGUCGGUCAACUCGAGUGGUUUUCCACGGCGUUGACUUGUUUUGGGUAAGAAUCCUCAUGAUUGUUGAUGCUUUUCUCUUCCUGGGGUGCGCAGGGAACUCUGAGGGAUCUCUCCAAGAGCACAUCUGCCCCCAUGCAGGGCGUCCAGAAUGCCUUGCCCGUCCCCAAAGAGGGAGUAGGUUUCUUUUACCUCCAUCAACCUUGCAUCUCUCUCUGUCUCUCUCCCUCUCUCUCUCACUAUCUCUAGCUCUGAUCCACUGUCUUUUCUCUAAUUUUUCAGGCUCCGACUGCUGACGGCCUCGAGCAGCAACCCCCACCGAUCUCUGCAAAUGGGCAUGAUGGAGCAUCACAAUAG